GUCCGCGCUCAAAACACGUCCCCCCGGAAGCUUGGCCCCGCACUCUGCGUUCCGGGCAGCAAUGGCGGAAGAAGCGCCUUCUGAUAGAGCAGAGAUGGAAGCCACGGGAAGGCAGGGGGAGGCUGCGGCAGAAGUCGAGGUCUGGAUGGACAGAGCUAUAGGGAUGGCCAAAGAAGCCCUCAAGAAUGGUGAAGUGCCUGUUGGUUGCCUCAUGGUCUACAAUAAUGAAGUAAUAGGGAAGGGAAAGAAUGAAGUGAAUGAAACUAAAAAUGCAACCCGUCAUGCAGAGAUGGUAGCAAUUGAUCAGGCUAUAGAUUGGUGUCAUCAACAGAAGAAGAGAAUGAAGGAAGUAUUUUUGCACACUGUCUUGUAUGUCACUGUAGAGCCUUGUAUAAUGUGUGCGGCUGCCCUUCGCAUGAUGAAAAUCCCACUGGUCGUCUAUGGCUGCCAAAAUGAACGAUUUGGAGGCUGUGGUUCGGUUUUGAACAUCUCUUCUGAUACCUUAACAGGCACAGGGGAACCAUUUCAGUGCAUAGCUGGUUAUCGGUCUGAGGAAGCUGUGGAAAUGUUGAAAACCUUCUACAGGCAGGAAAAUCCGAAUGCACCCAAAUCAAAAGUUCGAAAAAAAGAAUGCAGCAAGUGAUGGAUAGUAAACCGAAGCUGGACAAAUAAGGAAUUACUGAAACCCCCAGGCAGUGCAGACCUACUCUUGGAGGUCACGAGGAGGUGGAGCAAGGCAUAUGUUUCCUCUGCAUGAUAUCAUAAUCUGUACUUUGUGUGUUUGUCAUAAUGCCAAGUGGUAGAUGUGGUUUUUGAAAUGUACAUUUCAUUUGAGGUGAGAGCUGAGGAAAGGAGAUGGUGUCCUUCCAGCAAUACUCAGACUGAGCUAUUUUGGCCAUGUUGAUUUUGAAGCUCACCAGAGGAAGAAACCUUUAUUUUGGCAGUCCUUAGCUUGGCUGGUGCAACUUCACCUGGCUUGCUACUACUAAUGCCAUAGACAAACAGCUUUAUUCAAGAAUUCUGUGUAUAUUUGAAGAGCUUAAUCAGCCAUUGUGUCAAAAGCAUGUUGAAAUUCACAAUGCUCCAAGUCCUCUGUGUCUCUCCCACCACAGCAGUUUCACCUGUGGUAUUAAAAACAAAGGGUCAUUAUCAGCAGAGUCUGCCAUACUGAUAACUGUUUUAAGAACCUGACUUCUCAGCAAGUUGAAGCUGCCUUCUGUCAUGCAAACCCUUCAGUCCAUCUAGCUCAGGAUUGUCUCUUCUUGUACUCGCUCUCUGGGGAUUUUUAUAAUGUCACAAUUCAUAUUUUUAACUUCCCUGCCCCUUACCUCUGGAGUCCAUCAAAACUAGCAGAAAUCUUGUGUUUAUUCUUGUUUAAUGGCUAAAAAAUGAACUUAGUUUGUCUGAGUCUAAAUUAACCAAUUGGCUUGUGACCAUGGGUGACCAAUUUUUGCCAUAUUCUUUACAAGGUAAGUUUGGUUUCAGUGAAUUAACUGAACUAUUGCAUUAAGGAAAUGAGUGCUUCUUUUUCAUACUUGUUAUAGAAAACUAUCUAGAAAAUUGGAAUCUUGAGUAUUUCUUGAAUGGCUACUUUUAAAAAGAUUUCAGUUAAUUGAAAUAGAAUUUAAACUGAUACAGAAAUACAAGGCAGAAAAAUAUAUGGAUAGUGAAGAAUAAGAAACAAUACAGAUUACAUUUACAAAAAUAAAGUAUUGGUUGCCAACUUUCUUACUAAUAAUUAUAUAUGAUGUUAGGCUCUACUUCUUCUACUAUGUACUGCAGCAUUUUAUUCAAUACUACUAAUUUUCAAAACCCACAAUUGUCAUUUUAUCUUUCUGUUCUUGCAAAAAGUCAAUACAAGGUUCUCAAAUUUUCAAAAACACUUCUUAAAGAUAGUUUUGUAAGGCAGAUAGGACUAAUAUUGGUGAUAAUCUAUACUUUUCAAUAUUCAUUCAAUAAUAUAUGUUGAAUGAUUAUUGAAAAUUAUAGGCUAGCACCAAUAUUAGUCCUACCUAUACUAAACCCAUACAAAUUAAUGGGUUUUAAAUUUGCUCUUACCAACAAAUUCCAAUCAAUGCUGUGUAGGACUAAUACUGGCUCUAUUGGAUUACAAAUUGCACUCCAAUGGAGUGUAUAUGUUUGAUGUUGUUGUUUAUUCUUUCAGUCACUUCCAAUUCUUCAUGACCUCAUCAACCAGCACAUGCCAAAGCUCCCUGUUGGCUGUCACCAUCCCCAGCACUUUCAUGAUCAAGGCAGUCACUUUAAGGAUAACAUCCAUUCAGCUUGCCCUUGGUCGGCCCUUCUUCCUUUCCCCCUCCAUUUUCCCCAGCAUCGUUAUCUUCUCCAAACUUUCCUGUCUUCUUCUUAUGUGGCCAUAUGUUUGCCUCUAAUAUUCUUCCCUCCACUGAGCAAUCAGGCAUUAUUUCCUGGAGUAUGGACUGGUUUGAUCUUCUUGCGGUCCAAGGCACUCUCAGAAUUUUCCUCCAGCACCACAGUUCAAAAAUGCCUAUCUUCCUUCGCUCAGCCUUCCUUAUGGUCCAGCUCUCGCAUCCAUAGGAUGCUAUGGGGAAUACCAUUGCUUUAACUAUGUGGAUCUUUGUUGCCAGUGUGAUGUCUCUACUCUUGACUAUUUUAUUGAGAUUGGCCAUUGCUCUGCUCCCAAGAAGUAAACAGCUUCCGAUUUGCUGGCUACAGCCUGCAUCUGCAGUAAUCUUUGCACUUAGAAACACAAAGUCUAUCACUGCCUCCACUUUUUCUCCCUCUAUUUGCGAGUUAUCAAUCAGUCUGGUUGCCAUAAACUUGGUUUUCUUGAUGUUUAACUGCAAUCCAGCUUUGCCACUUUCUUCUUUCACCUUGGUUAUAAGGCUCCUCAGCUUCUCCUUGCUUUUGGCCAUCAAAGAGGUAUCAUCUGCAUAUAUAAGGUUGUUAAUGUUUCUUCCAGCAAUUUUAACUCCAGCCUUGGAUUCAUCAAGCCCCACACAUCACAUGAUGUGUUUUGCAUACAAGUUGAAUAGGUCAGGAGAGAGUAUACAGCCCAGACAGUCUCCUUUCCCAGUCUUGAACCAGUCUGUUGUUCUGUGAUCAUUAUACAGAUUUCUCAGGAGGCAGUCUCAGAAUUUUCCUCCAGCAACACAGUUCAAAAGCACCUAUCUUCCUUCGCUCAGCCUUCCUUAUGGUCCAGCUCUUGCAUCCAUAGGUUGCUAUGGGGAAUACCAUUGCUUGAACAAUGCGGAUCUUUGUUGUCAGUGUGAUGUCCUCAGGAGACAGACAAAGUGUCUUGGUAUCCCCAUACCACCAAGAACUUGCUACAAUUUAUUAUGAUCCACACAGUCAAAGACUUUCAGUCAAUAAAAAAAGAAAUAGAUGUUUUUUCUGAAACCACCUGCCUUUCUCCAUAAUCCAGCUGAUAUAGGCAAUUUGGUCUGUCAUUCCUCUGCCUUUUCUCAAGCCAGCUUGUACAUCUGUACUUUUACUUAUUCAACUUAUUACCAUCAAUAAGUACAUAUGCACUCCAUUUGGAUUGCAAUUUGUAAUAUUUUUGUAUUUUUGCUGAUUUCAAAACAUCUCUACUUGCAUGUAUGUGCAUAAUGAGAUUUGCUGAAGAUGGGACCCAAGUCUAUACACAAAAGUUCUGUUUUAUCUGUAUAUAGGUAAUUUAAUUAAAUUUAAAUGAUUUCAUCCAUGAAACAAAGUUUAUUUACUUUGAACCAUCAGAAAGCAAAGAAGUCAUUAUCUCAAUCACUCCUGCAGAAAUUUUAGUUUUUGAAGGACUUUGUUCUUUGCAAUUCCUGAGUGGGGACUGUACUGCAGAUAAUAUUUGUUGGUCUAAGCAAAGGACAUUUCUAACACAUUUUCUGAUCUAUUUUGUAAUUAUGUUCAAAUGUUUCUUUUAGUUGGAGAUACUAAGAACUAACUAUAGUCCCAGUCCCCCAUAUUAUAUUUGAAAUAUAUAAUCAGAAAGGCAAUUAGGUAGGAAUUUGAAUGGGCAAUAAGGAAAGCCAAAGUUUAGAUCUGACAUCCCUUUGCUUUAUUGGAUUGCUCCUUGAACAUAUAAAUAUAAUCCAGAAGAGGGCCUUCCUGUUCCAAUAAUGAGUGAAUCGGGCAGAUAGAAGCUGAACCUGUUCUUCUGGAUUCUGAAUGUUGAGGAAAUAAAUAGUCUUGGAAGUUAUACAGUUAAGCAUUGUGGAUUUCUGUAUUGCAGGCAAAAUAUUUCAGUUGUUUGAUUAGACAUGUUGAAACUAGAUUUGGUUUACUAUUUAGUUCUACUAUGUAGAUCAAUACACUGUGCAUUGAAAAUUUGUAAUAGUCAAUUGAUAAAACAAUAAAAACUUUUUUAACCACUUGC